AUGUCAAGAGCGAAGUUCUCUACUACCAUGGAGCGGCGAACGCCAGCACCUGUCUUCCUCUUGCUCUGUGCGGCGUUCCUCACCGCUGUCGCAGCAUCAACCCUCCCGCCAUUCCCCCUUCGCGACGGCAGCGUUCUAACCGCCGCGUCUGCCGCUCAGGCCAAACCCUCUGUGUGGAAAGGGAAGGCAAUAAUUAAGUACGUGAACAAGCUUCGUCCGACUAAGAUCAAUGGAAAAGUGGUUGGCGACAAAGGGGCGUUUUCGAAACUUGUUUUAUCGGGGGUGAGGUAUUCAGCAACUUAUUACGGUGUCAGGGUCACGUGA